UUGGUGCUAUGAUGUAUGAAAUACUACACGGACGCCCGCCCAAAAGGACUGUGCAUGGAAAUGAUCUGAUUCUUAAAUCCAGUUUAUCCAAAGGUGGGAGAAUAGCAUCAAUAAUAGCAAUAAUAAGAACAAGUGUAGCCCAUAACUAACCAGAUCUCUUGUCAAAACCUGUACAGAAUGCUGUGAUUUAUUAGCUCAGUGCUUGAAUCGCAAAACAUUGGAAAGACCACAUAUAAAGCAGAUCAUAAACCAUGAGUGGUUUAAGGGAACAGAACGACAGGAAGAGCUUCAGGAGACAGGUAGUGUAACAUAUAGUUUGACAGAAGACCUCAAACCCCUUUCCACCCAGAAUCACAGAAUAAUUUUUUCUUCUUUUUUUAAAACAGCAGAGAUGACUCCCGAGAAGAAGAACAUUUGGAAGAAACUGAACAAAUUUUUCACACACACCAAAAAGGCUACAGAAAAACCACUGGUACCCGAGCCCUCACCUGUGCCAGCUCCAUCUCAAACUCCUGACACAUAUUUAUGUAACCCUAAACCAGCGAAGGGUAAAUUCACUUCCCGAUAUAAACUGGGAGAGAGACUGGGAGGGGGAGGCUUUGGCACAGUAUUUGAGGGCAUUCGCAAAUCUGAUGGCAAGAAAGUUGCCAUCAAAAUUGUUAAAAAGAUGCCAGUCAACAAUAGGAUUGAAGUUCCUGGUCAUCCUAAGCCCCUCGUUACAGAAAUUGGGUUCAAUGUUUUGCUGUCAAAGCAUCCAAGAUGUCCCUAUGUUCUGCCAAUGUACCAGUGGUACAAUGAGCCCAAGAGACGCAUACUGGUGUUAGAGCAUCCACACCCCUGUGAGACUCUAAGUAGUUUCAUGAUGCGCAACGGGGGUCGUCUCAGUGAAGCAAUGGCACGGGAUUUAAUAAUCCAAGCACUGCGUGGGGCGAAACACUGCCUUGAACGGGGUGUGUUUCAUCAGGACAUCAAUUUGAACAACCUGUUGAUCAACACAGAGACACUGAGGCUGAAAAUAAUAGACUUUGGUGUUGGGCAACAUGUUGACACUAGCGUGGACAUCAACGAGUUGCUAGGCAAACCUUCACCGUUUGAGUUUUCAAAGAGGUGCCGAUAUAACGCUGAAUUAACAACAGUCUGGGAUCUCGGCACCGUCCUGUAUGAAAUGUUACAUGGAUACCACCCCAGAAGUGAAGAGGGCUGUAAAAAGAAGUUUCAUCCCAGUUUAUCCAAAGUGCCUGAACCGCAACAGAAUGUUGAGACCGUCUGUACAGCAGAUCAUAGACCAUGA